UUUUUAUUUUGCACAGUACAGUUUGGCAAAAAAAAGCUUCAUAAAAAAAUUUGACACCACACAUCUCGAUUUAUACGUGUAUCAUACAAUAAAAAAUUAAUAAGUGUUAUAUUCACUAAUAUAACUGAAAAUUAAGAUAUGAAGUUAUAAAAUGUUUCUUGAAUUAUCUUGCUAUCAUCGUUCUUGUCAAAGUUGCAACCAGUUUUUUUUACCUCGAACCCCGUGCCUAACGAGACUAUACAGUACCACUAGAGAGCAUCGGACAGGCUUAACCCAUACUUAAUUUAACCUUUUAUUUUAAUUUUAUGAAUGAUGUUUUAAUUAGUAAGAUUUGUGAAAAAUUGAUUUAUGGAUUGAACAUUGAUCCAUCCACAACAUUAUCUUACCACUGGCCCACUUGAUGGAUAUAGGAAUAAUAAAUGUUUGUAGAGAAGGAUAACUUUGAUUAACAAAACUCUUAUGAUGUAAUGACAACUGAUACAUAUAUAGACAAUUUAUAUUUUAGACAUAAUGAGUCAAUUUGUCACUGUACAAAUUGGCCAGUGCGGGAAUCAAAUAGGAUCAGCUUUCUGGCCCUUGGCUUUACAUGAAUAUGGUAUCCAGACUACUGGCAAUGUUAAUCUGCUCAAAAUACAACGAACUCAUGUGAAGCACAUCAAGGAUCUAUCUGAUGGAUUUUCUAGUUUCUUUCAUGUUCCAGGUAGUGUUGAUAGUAUGCAUUUUCAAAGUGUAGCUGACUUAAAUACAGCUAAAGUUAGAGCCAGGAGUGUUCUGAUAGACAUGGAGGAUAGUGUUGUAUCUAGAUUUAAACAAGGUCCAUUGCGUCGAUUAUUUGAUCAGACCUGUGUUGUAACGAAUUAUCCAGGAUCUGGAAAUAAUUGGGCAGUAGGAUAUCAUGUUCACUAUAGAGAGUACCGUGAUCGCUUGGAGGAAAGUAUAAGACACACGGUUGAAAAAUGCGAUCGACUUCAUGGGUUUUUGCUAAUGCACUCUUUAGGAGGUGGUACAGGGUCUGGAUUAGGCACAGCAACCUUAAAACUGUUAGAAAAUAACUACCCUCGUGUGGAAAGGCUUGUGUCUUGCGUGUAUCCAAUAAGUAUGCAAGAUGUUGUAACAGCACCUUAUAACACUUUACUUGCUACCCGAGAACUCGUGGAGCAUGCCACGUGCGUGUUUCCCAUUGAGAACAAAGCUCUCUUGGAUAUAUGUAAUGCGCAAACGAACAAACGAGACAAUACCAGUCAAAUAAAUUAUAACGCAUCGUGUAAGCCGUUUCAAGAUAUGAACAGUAUUAUUGUCAAUAUGCUUUUGCACUUGACCAGCGGAUCUAGAUUUCCAGGAAGUUUAAAUAUGGAUAUGAACGAAGUGGCGACAAAUUUGGUGCCUUAUCCGAAAUUACAUUAUAUAUUCAGCAGUAUCUGCCCUGUGACUUUAGCUGCUCCAAAUAUGUGCAAUAUGCAACAGACAAGAUUGCAAGAUGAACUAUUCAUCAAUGCAUGGUCGCGAAAUAAUCAAUUGAUCAAAUUGGACCCUCUACAACGCACCUCUGUGAUUCUUGCUGCUGCACAUAUUGCAAGGGGAAAUACUACUUUGACUGACAUGAAACGGAACAUUGAAAGAUUUCAAAGUAAAGCAAAGUUUACUUCAUGGAGUAAGGACUGCAUGAAAAUAGGAUUGUGUUCUAUUCCUCCAGCAGGACAUACCUCAUCAUUACUAUGUCUGCUUAAUUCAUCCACCAUGUCUUUAUUAUUCAAAGAUAUAAUACAAGAAUUUUCUAAGUUAUAUAGGAAAAAGGCACACGUUCACCACUAUACACAGGUACAUGGAUUUGACGAGACACAUUUCGACGAAAGUAAAGAAUGCAUUCUCGAUUUAUGUGAACGUUACACAGAAAUACGGAGUAUGGAUAAAACAAAUAUUUCUAGAUUACGAGUAAUUUAAUAAGUUUGUAAGAAUUCGGAAAUGGAGCAUAAGUAUGUCUUGUAUCAUUCAUAUAUGAUUUAAUAAGUUUGUAAGAAUUCGGAAAUGGAGCAUAAGUAUGUCUUGUAUCAUUCAUAUAUGAUUUAAUAAGUUUGUAAGAAUUCGGAAAUGGAGCAUAAGUAUGUCUUGUAUCAUUCAUAUAUGAUUUAAUAAGUUUGUAAGAAUUCGGAAAUGGAGCAUAAGUAUGUCUUGUAUCGCUCAUAUAUGUAUCACAGAAAAUUGUCAAUAUUAUCAAUAUUUAUUAAUUUUCUUAUAUAUAUAUGUACAACAUAACUCUAAUUUAAUAAAAAUAGUAGCUUUAAA